UCACUGAGAUGAAGAGGAGAAAUGGAGCAGCAGGCCGUUCAGGUGGACAGAGAAACCUUCUCCUGUUCGAUCUGUCUGGAUCUACUGAAGGAUCCAGUGACUACCUCCUGUGGACACAGUUACUGUAUGAAUUGUAUUAAAACACACUGGGAUAAAGAGGAUCAGAAAGGAAUCCAUAGCUGUCCUCAGUGCAGGAAAAAUUUCAUACCGAGGCCUGUCCUGGAGAAGAACACCAUGUUAGCAGCUUUAGUGGAGCAGCUGAAGAAGACUGGACUCCAAGCUGCUCCUGCUGAUCACUGCUAUGCUGGACCUGAAGAUGUGGCCUGUGAUUUCUGCACUGGAAGAAAACUGAAAGCCAUCAAGUCCUGUUUAUUCUGUCUGGCCUCUUACUGUGAGAAACAUCUUCAGCCUCAUUAUGAUGUGGCUCCAUUAAAGAAACACAAGCUGGUGGAGCCCUCCAAGAACCUCCAGGAGAACAUCUGUUCUCGUCAUGAUGAGGUGAUGAAGAUGUUCUGUCGUACUGAUCAGAAGUGUAUCUGUUAUCUCUGCUCUGUGGAUGAACAUAAAGGCCACGACACAGUCUCAGCUGCAGCAGAAAGGACUGAGAGGCAGAGAGAGCUGGAGGUGAGACGAGAAGAAAUCCAGCAGAGAAUCCAGGACAGAGAGAAAGAUGUGAAGCUGCUUCAACAGGAGGUGGAGGCCAUCAAUCACUCUGCUGAUAAAACAGUGGAGGACAGUGAGAAGAUCUUCACUGAGCUGAUCCGUCUCAUCCAGAAAAGAAGCUCUGAUGUGAAGCAGCAGAUCAGAUCCCAGCAGGAAACUGAAGUGAGUCGAGUCAAAGAGCUUCAGGAGAAGCUGGAGCAGGAGAUCACUGAGCUGAAGAGGAAAGACGCUGAGCUGAAGCAGCUCUCAAACACAGAGGAUCACAACCAGUUUCUCCACAACUACCCCUCACUGUCAGCACUCAGUGAGUCUACACACUCAUCCAGCAUCAAUAUCCGUCCUCUGAGAUACUUUGAGGAUGUGACAGCAGCUGUGUCAGAGCUCAGAGAUAAACUACAGGACAUCCUGAGAGACACAUGGACAAACAUCUCACUGACCCUCACUGAGGUGGAGGUUUUACUGUCAGAACCAGAACCAAAGAGCAGAGCUGGAUUCUUAAAAUAUUCAUGUGAAAUCACACUGGAUCCAAACACAACAAACACACAACUGUUACUAUCAGAGGAGAACAGGAAGGUGACAAUGAUGGAUCAACAUCAGUCUUAUUCUAGUCAUCCAGACAGAUUCACUGAUUGGCCUCAGGUUCUGAGAAGAGAGAGUCUGACUGGACGUUGUUACUGGGAGGUGGAGAGGAGAGGAGGAGUUUUUGUAGCAGUCGCAUACAAGAACAUCAGCAGAACAGGAAGUGUGAAUGAAUGUUUAUUUGGAUUUAAUGACAAAUCUUGGUCAUUAUAUUGUUACCAAGAAGGUUAUAAAUUUGGUCACAACAACAUCUGGACCUCCAUCUCAGGUCCUGGUUCCUCCAGAGUAGGAGUGUACCUGGAUCACAGAGCAGGUCUUCUGUCCUUCUACAGCAUCUCUGAAACCAUGACUCUCCUCCACAGAGUCCAGACCACAUUCACUCAGCCGCUAUAUGCUGGAUUUUGGGUUUGGGUCAUUGGAGGUUCUGCAGAGUUGUAUAAACCCAAAUAGAUGUUCUGUCUUGUUUCUGAUCAGG